AUGUCGAGAUCCAUACUGAAGAAAAUAUACAGAAGAAAUGUCCAGCUUGAAAAAGAGCUGGAGGUUGCCAAGUCCAACACUUCGGAAGGUAUGAGGUCCGCAAUUAGACCAGAAGUCUCAACGUGCACUGGCUACAUCGAAAGUAGCCAUAACGAUGGAUCGAGUGAAUCGCGUACUGGAGGAAACUCAGAUGAAGGGGACAAGUCUCUCGACACUUCUGCCCAGAUGGCGAACGGCAGUCUGGAGCGACUGCAAGCAGCACUUGAUGCGUCAAGGAGAAGGGGUGCUCUGUUGGAGGCCAACAUCAUCACCAUGACGGAGAAGUACCAAAAAGGGCACCAGCUGAAAACUCUCAGAGAAACAGAGGAAAAGGCUGCACUGUAUCGGCACAUGUACGAAAGGGCGAAGAAGCAGCUAACGGACAUUCUGAACCGGCGCGUCGACGCCUUCAGGCGCUCCCAGGCGGGAAGCAAGGACGUCAAGAUGCUCGUGGCUCAACUGAAGCAGCGCCUUAGACAGGAAAUGGAGGAGCGCGACGCGGAGUCCGCCAUACACAGCACGCAGCUGUACGACCUGGAGAAGGAAAUAUCAGACCUUACGGUGGACCGCAGUAUGCUGCAGACCAGGGUGGGGGAACUGCAAGAAGAGCUUCGGCGGCGCGGGCGUCUGGAUGGAGACAUCGAAGCGUGCGUGCGUGAUAUGGUAGACAGGUUGAAAGCCUUGGAGAGAGAGAAUAAGGUGCUGAAGGCGCAGGGAGAAUGA